AUGGUGGGUGGGCGUGGGCUCUACUGCUCGCAGAUCAAGUUCUUUGAGAAGGGCGGCUGCCAGGGCACGGAGCUUGAUAGCAUGGUCAACCUGAGCAAUACUGGGGCCAAGUUCCCCAGCAACAAGAAGGCGCUCCGCAAGUGGGCUUCAGUGGCCUCUGUUCUCUGCACCGAUGCUCCCUGUGACGCAUUGGGCUGUGAGCCUGGCGGCACCUGUGUGUUGGAUCAAAACGGCGAGCGCUACUGCAAGUGGGGUGAUGUGUUGAGGGUGAGAAUGUUUGACGUUCACUCGCUCUUCUCUCCACCCUCUCCUCUUCGCGUCAUUCCCACUCUCCUCUCUCAACAAUACUUGCCCCACUCCCGUCUCGCCCCACUCCCUCCCCUCCCGUCUCGCCCCACUCCCUCCCCUCCCCUCUCGCCCCACUCCCUCCUCUCCCCUCUCGCCCCACUCCCUCCCCUCCCCUCUCGCCCCACCCUCUCCUCUCCCCCACACGCCCCACUCUUUGUUUCACUUUUCUCGCCCUUCCAUGUCAGCGUCACAUUUAUCGCAAACCGAACAGCCAAGGAUGCGGCGUCUCGACCCCUCACCUUCCGCCUCAACCUGAAUGGCUGCACUCAGUUCCCGACUGCAGUGGCUGGGAAGGUCGAGACAAUCGGCCUGGAGCCCACCACUCCUCGUCGUCUGCAUCACUCCACUCCUCACCACCGCGGGCACCAGGGGCUCCCUCUUCGUCGCCAGCUGCGUCGUCCAGAGCUGCGGCCUCAGCCUCAUCUUCCUCAUCAGUCUCGCAAGUUUCAGCCCGCAGCUCCUGCUGCGUCUUAUCCUGGGGGUUGA